CCCUCGCCCUCGCUCCCGUUCCCAACUCUCUGUCCGUCUGCUUGCGUGUCUCGGCCAUCCUUGGGUCCUCUGCCAGUUUGACCAUCCCGUCCCUGCCUGCAUCCACACUCUCGCCCGCUCGCUCACUCACCCUCAACUCCACCCGUCGUUCCUUUUCGUGCUUUCGCCAAACUUCAACCCCCAUACCACACACUCACCCACUGCACAACCUCGUGCCAGACCCGUCUGUCCUUCUAGCUCACCAUCGAUACUCACCCAAGUCUGUCGCUUGCUUGCUUUGUUGCACGAACCGCGGCAGAGACGGUGUGAAACAAGGGAAGCCCAGCUCGUUUCAAAUUUCGCACAUCUCCAGACUCCCCCCCAAUCGCUCCCAUCCGAGCCACCAAACUCUCGAUACGGCCGUCGUCAACCCAAAAUUCAACCUUCACCACCUUGUCCACUUGCCGUCAACCCAUCCAGCCCACAUACACACGUAAGCGGAUCCAGGCUGGUUACUGAGCUGCCGCUGUCAUCUACCUUUGCAAAGCACCAUCGCCUUUUGUCAACGCUUCACGGGUACUCCUGUCGCUUGGUCCAACCAUCCCUCUGCUCCAAGAGGCUCUCACUUUCGAGGGAGGCCACGGGGAUCGCACACAACCGCCUGCACCCGUAAACUCCAUUGAUGUGCUCCACAAGGUGAUUCGGCUAGCUGCUGCUGUCCGCUCCUUUCCAGGUCUAACAGCCCACCCAUACUGACUCGACGUUCAUUACAAUCAACAAAACACCUUAACUUCGUCAUGUUCUCUUCAUACGGCAAAGUAGCUCUGGCUGCAUCAUGGCUGCUAAUUCGGAUAGCCAGCGCCAACGCUGCUCCAGACCCAAGUCCGAAGGCAGAAUGGGACUUUGAACUAGAGCGCCGCCAGCUCAUCCCGACUGCAACAACGACGCCAGCUAUGAACGCUCUGACACCCGUCGGCUGCUACUCAACCCCAGAACCCAUGGUCGACCACGGACCGUACCUAUUCCAGUCCAAGGGCAACUGCCAGCCCAUUUGCUACGAGCUCGACAAAGCCGUCAUGGGUCUCGUCAACGGCACCAACUGCUGGUGUGGUGAUUUAAUACCUCCCGUGACAACCCAGGUUGACAACAGCAGCUGCAACACUCCCUGCAGUGGCAUUGAUACUGAGAUGUGUGGUGGCGACAACUUCUGGACUGUCUACCUCACAGGCAUUACACGGAACAAGAUUGCUCAUCUAGACCCGGCCUCGCUGACUGGCACAGCUGGGUCCUCAAGUACGGCAACAUCCACGUCGGCCAAAGGUCCUGCCACUGUGGUUGUGACAGCAUCCGCGCAAGCCCAGAAGAACUCCGGAACGAGCAAGGUCGGCGUCGCCGUCGGCGUUGUUGUUGGCGUCGUUGCCAUCAUUGGUGUAGUAGCAGGCGUCUUUUUCUUUAUGAGAUAUAAACGAAGACGAGAUGCGGAGGAGGAAUACAAGCGUCAGGCUGCUGUAAACGCAUUUGUCAAUGGAGGCAAAGGGCACACAAGCACACCGUCACUAAACGACUCGCGGCUCGAUCCUGAACUUCUGCACCGCAGAGAGAGCACGGGCACUAUUGCCGACAACCAGGACUACUCAAGAAAGAUUUUGAGGGUCAGGAAUCCCGACGAUUUCUAAGAGGGAGUGGUGUUGGAUCUGGCGACGACAUAUCUUGGGAUGGCCAUAACUCUCUUUUGAUGCCUUUGAGCGUUCAUGUUCUCCGAUACCAAGCCAUAUUACACAAAUCCUUAUCAAUUCUGCACUUCUUGGCGUCCCAAGUUACACCGUCAACAUUCCUGCCACCAGGGGAGCCUCCCCAAUCGUGAUCGUGCUCCGCUGGGAUUCUACCACGUCCUUCCUCCCGUUUCAACGAAGACUAAACCGAGCUCACGAACCUGUCCGACGUUUCGCUCAUUUCAAACCUAUAGAAGUCCUUCUUUUCGGUACUGCUCUCAAACACUUGAGACACUCACAUAUCCUCACACCAGGAUACCAAGUUCAUGGUCAACUUUCUCUUUUCUUUACACAUUCACCACGUUGGAUCUGUUUUCACGGUGGGACUCGGAGUUUUUUCUAGGGAGGUUUCUGGGUUUUGAGGUACAAGUAAGGUUAGGUGUUAUUGAACUUAACCACAUACAAUGGGUCGGGCUCACGAACACGGUGUCGAACUGCCUUUUGAAAUUUUUGUUGUUCUAUUUUGAGAAGGAUACGAGAAUCUCAAGGGGUCCUGCCUGCUGCCGAACAGCCUACGGCUGACUGGACAUCAACUGCCAUUCGAUAAUUAAAAAAAGCUUAUUCUGGACGGAGCAAGGAAUCUGAGGAAGUCCUAGGUGAAGACAACGUUUAGAUAUUGCCACGUGCAGGGCGAAAUGUGUAACUGUAGAAUUGUUAUGGAACAGGCUUUGAUUUUGAUCGAAUGGUGGUCGAUUUGGCUAUGAGAUGGGAGCCUGUUUUUUUGUUCAUCGCCACAUACUAGAGCAGGACGGGUGCAGACGUAAGGCGCUUGAGAAGACGUGUGUACUUUGCAUAAGCCAGCAUUAGCUACUGCAACUACUGUUCCUAUUUGCAAUGGGUCGAGAGCUUGGGUUCCCCUAUUUUUUCAUGAAAGAGGCAUCUUUCAAUACUGAGGGCGUUCAACAG